UUUCUCUCUCUUCACGCGCCUAGUUUCUCUCUCUCAAAACUCACACCAUUUUCACCGCUUCCACUCCGUCGGCAGUUGCAACGGAUCCGUAUUCAAUGCCCUCUCGCUUCAAUUUGUCUGGACGGAUCCAAAAAACUAAAACUAAAAAACUAAAAGAUUCUCUCUCUACAAACUCCGCAGCAUCUUGAUCUUGUUUCCAUUUUUUUUUUCUUACACUUGUUUAUGCUCCUGCAACUGAAGGCUACCGAUGGAUUCUUUGCUUGCUUCCUGCAUUUUUGAUCUCUAGCUUUGCUCUGGUUUUCAUGAACGUCUUUGGAGAUGGAGAUGGAGAUGAUUCGCCAUAAGCGGUACAAGGUUGCCAGUAAUGCUGAUCGGAGCUCCGGUGAGAGGUUUUCUCCUGUUAACCGUGGUUUACGAGCAGGGAGUAGAAAGAGUGAGAAACAGAGAAACUUACCGACAUUGGGCUCUGAUUCCGGUUCGAGCAGUAGUGGUGUUACUGAAGAUGAUCCGUUCACACUCGAGCUGGGGCGGAGAUCUUUUAAAGAUACGUUUGGAGCUCCAGUGAAGAAAUUAUUAGCAGAUGAAAUGUCCAAAGAAACUGAAAUGAAAAAGAGGUCGCCAGGCAUUAUCGCCAAACUGAUGGGUCUUGAUGGCAUGCCGAGGUCUGCUUACAGUCGACAAAAAUGUUCAUCAGAGGGCUAUGCACAGAGGUGUAUAUCAAAGGAGAAGGUGGGUAGGAGGGGCAUUUAUUUUGAUGGUCAAAUGACCAGGAGAAGCUCGAAGGGUCAACAAGAAUUUAAGGAUGUUUUUGAGGUCUUGGAAACUUCAAAGACAGACCAGAGUAGAAAGCCAGAUCAAGGAACCCCAAAAAUUGAGUUGACUGAAUCAGAAAUGGCAUUCAUUCGGCAGAAGUUCUUGGAUGCUAAACGCUUAUCAACUGAUGAGAAGUCACGUGACUCGAGGGAAUUUCAUGAUGCACUUGAUGCGCUAGAGUCAAACCGAGAUCUUCUACUGAAGUUUCUACAUCAACCAGGCUCACUGUUUGCUAGGCAUAUGCAUGAUCUGCGAGAUGCCGACUCCUAUUCUUGUCGUGGUUGCUUAACUGCUAUGGAGUCAUUGGACAAUAAGAAGGGUGACUAUCCUGUGCUUCGAGGCAACUCAGAGAGGGGAACUCCACAUAAGAAUAGUAGUAAAUCACAUUACACUCAGCGGGGCGGUCAUUCCAGCCACUCGGACAGUUCUUUCUCCGGUCAUUUUUCAAAGUCUUCACAAAUUUUGGAAAAGAAAGAUGAACUAGAACAUCUCCCUACGAGAAUUGUUGUUCUCAAACCAAACAUAGGCAAAGUGCAGAAUGCUAGAAAUAUUAUGUACCAUUCUCAUUCUUUUCAAGAAUGUUCAGAUCUUGGGGAGUUUAAAACUGUUGAAAGAACAAACAAGGAAUUUAGGGGAAAGAAAAACUCUCUAGACAAGAAAGUUGCAUCUAGGCACAAUGACAAAGAGUCCAGAGAAAUUCUUCAUGGGAGAACCCGGCAGAUGAGAAAAGAAGUUUGUACGUCCCCAGUGAAUUUAACAUGCUCCAGUUUUCAAGGAUAUGCUGGGGACGAGAGUUCUUGUAGCUUGUCUGGAAAUGAAUCUGCAGAAGAACCAGCGAUGAGGUCUGCUGCUUCAAAAAGUUUUGUAAACUUGAAUAUGGGAUAUUCACAAUCAUCUUCUCGUCAUAAAGAAUCUUCUAUCAGUAGGGAGGCAAAGAAAAGACUCACUGCUAGGUGGAGAUCCUCUCGAAACUCUGAGAAUAAGGGAGCUGUUUGUAGAAGCAGCACCCUGGCUGACAUGCUAGCUUCCACUGAUAAGGAAGUUACACUUACACAACAUUCGGAUGCACGAAUUACAGAGGGAUUCACAGAUAAAUUCUCUAAUGAUGAGCAAUCUGAUAGGGAGGUUGAACCUUUGGGCAUAAGCAGCAAUGAUGGCUGGAAGGAUGACUGUAGCCAAUUAAGCAGGUCGAAAUCUCUUCCAUCUUCAUCAACUGGAUUUGGAAGCCCCAAAACAGUGCACCGAUCUAAGGGCACCAACAAGCAUCUAAUCUCAAAAGAGAGUAAACAGGAAAAUAAUGAGGCUGUAAAAAGAAUUUUUUAUCAGAGGGAAUGGCCACCAUGUCAUAAAUCACCACCCAGCAAGAUAACAUCAGAUUGUCUGCUGCCUUCAUUCAUGGAAAGUGAUGACAUGUUACUGCAAGCUCAAGUAAACCCGUAUUGCAUGAACACCCACUCUCUUGACAAUGGUUCAUAUGAAAUGACUGUCACGGAGUUUGGGGCCUCCUGUUCCAAUGUCGAUGAUAGAAGUCCAAUAUCUCAAAGUACUGAGAAUGUCGGAGAUGUCUACACAACGAUGUUCCCUGAAACACCUGUGUUAGAAUUGGAGUCAUCGGAGUACAUGUCAACAGUUGGAAAUUCUUGUGUUAACGACCAAGACAAUAUAAUACAAGAGGAAGGGCCAUCAGUAGAAAGUCCAGUGCCCUCACACAAAUCUGUAGCUGGGCUUGAAUCUCCAAGUUCGAAGGAGGCUGAUCAACCAAGUCCAGUUUCAGUUCUGGAACCUGCUUUUGGAGAUUAUCUCUCAUCAUCUUCUGAAUGUUUCGAGAACGUCAGCGCCGACCUCCAAGGCCUUCGAAUGCAGCUUCAGCUACUCAAAUUGGAAUCCGAACCAUUCACUGAGGGACACAUGCUCAUAUCCAGUGACGAAGAUGCAACAGAACUAUCUUCUGGGCUACCGGAUGAUGAGAAGGGUCCGUGCAAAACGAAAGAUAACUGGGAGUUCUCUUAUUUACUCGACAUCUUGACCGAUUCUGGCCUCAAUGUUGCCAACCCAGGUGCGUUAUUAGCUACUAUAUGCUCAUCAUCCGAUUGCCCUAUCAAUCCAAAGAUUUUCGAGCAGCUUGAGAAAAAACAGAGCUGUCCUUCCUCCACGACACGGUCGGAGAGGAGGCUGCUGUUCGACUGCAUAAACUCAGGAAUCUUGGAGAUUGGCCGAGAGCUCAGUGACCUUCACCCAUGGGUGAGGCCUUCAAAAACUCAGAUUGCAACGAAGUGGGUGAUGAAAAAUGAGCUCCAAAACAGACUCUGUAAGUUUCUUGACAUCCAAAUAGUUAGAUUUGAUGUAGUAGAGGAGUCGGAUUGGGAGAAUUUAGGGGAUGAAAUUGAUGUGAUAGGUAAGGAAAUUGAAAGGAUGAUGAUAAAUGAGGUUUUAGCGGAAGUAGUGAAGGAUGUGAUAUAGAGUUUUUUGUUUUUACGUUUUAAAGGUCAUUGGAGGAAGAAACGUGUGGAUGAAAUGUUGUGUUAGUUAGUUAAUCCCUCAUUUCUUAAGAAGGAUUCAAUAAAAUGAAUUGAUGACCUUACUUCUCACUC